GUAAUGUCAUUACAACUUUAACAACAAUUUCAUAACCCAUAAUGUGCCUCAUUAGCAUACGUGACACCUCCAUUAUCAAUAUUUUAUCCAUUAAUUCAAUUUUCCGAAGAACCAAUCGUGGUCUUCCACAUUAUCACGUUGCAACACAAUUCUGAACAUUUUCAUGUUUGAGGUUAGACGAAGACCGACUGUAAUCCUGCCAACACUAGAACUCCUCCAGAAUGUACAUACCUCACAUUUGCCUCAUUAUUCUAAUCUCGUGUUUCUCCAAAGUCCUCACGAUAACCGAAGAAGAUGAAGGGGUAAAAUACGCCAACAACUGUGAAGUUUGUAAAAUAUUGGCGAUAGAAUUGGAAAGUCGACUCGAGGAGACGGGGAAGACUAGUGAGGUCAUAGAAACGGGGUACGAAGUGGACGAUGUCAAACCGAAAAAGAAGAAAGAGUACAAGAAGUCGGAGCUGAGGUUAGUGGAGUCUUUGGAAGGGGUUUGCGACCGGAUUUUGGAGUACAAUAUACACAAGGAGCGUGAAGAUAGCACUAGGUUUGCCAAGGGGAUGAGCCAGACGUUCCAGACUUUGCAUGGGUUGGUGGAUAAGGGGGUGAAGGUGGAGUUGGGGAUCCCGUACGAAUUGUGGGAUAAGCCCAGCGUGGAAGUCACCAACAUGAAAACACAGUGCGAAACUCUGCUGGAGCAAAACGAGGGCGACAUAGAAAAUUGGUACUUCAACCAUCAGGGUAAAGAGAGUCUGAAGAAGUACUUAUGUGAAGAUAGAGCCUUGAAGGGUCAAGACAGUUCUUGUUUGAAAGAAACAUUGAAAGGAGACAAAGGAGAAGCAAAAAGAAAAUCCAAGAAAGAUGAGUUGUGAUUUUAAUGUGAUCAAUUUUUAUGUAUAUACGUAUCUACACUGGGUGAGCUCUCUUUUUUAUUCCACUCAAGAAAUAAAAUAACUACAGUUUACGAAUUUA